AUGAAUCAUUACUUGCGUGCUUAUAACCUUGUGAGAGCUGGUUUCCCUGGCCUGUUGCCCUCCCGGAUGUCUACAGACAUCCUGGCCCGUCCCCCUCCUAUUGGCCUUCCUCUACUCCUCAAAGGCCGAGAGAAAUCCAGCCCCAAAUCCAUGCUGGGUUACCCCUUCUCAGAAACUCCUAAACAGUUUGCGUGCGAGAAGUGUGGCCGCACUUAUGCAUCAACAGGUAACUUGAAACGGCACAAGAAGUAUGAGUGUGGUGUUGAACCUCAGUUUUCCUGUCCAAUCUGCAAGAAAAAAUUCCAACACCGUCACAGUGUAAAGAUCCACGUUUUCUCCACGCAUCGUAAUGAGGCAGGAGAAGGUGGCCCAAAUGAUGCUCCAAAAGAUUCUCCUGCUUUGUUCCCUACUUCUGAAGGAAUGGCUGCCGUUGGCUCUGGGCCGUGUAAAGAUGAGUUUUUCCCAAUCCCACAGGAAGCCAAUGCCCCAACAACACAAAAUCAAGAUGGGUAG